UCGUUUCGUGUUGUUGUGGAGGAGUUUUUCCGUUUUCUUCAGUGAAAACGCUUUCCAUUGCUUAUCAGUGCGAUCACCGGACGACCCAGGAUCAUGUUCAGUUUGUUAACAAGUUCAUGCAAAACUGUGCUUAAGAAGUGGGAUUUGUUUGCUCAACAAAAUGUGUGUCAAAUGUGAAUAGGGUUGGUGUGAACCUGUUUCUGUAGUGAUAUUGUUAAAAUAAAAACCGACCUAAUGUUGCUUUAGCAAAAAAAAAGAGAGAGCUUAAAACACAUUCGAGGCUCCAUGUCCCGUCCAUGUGCCAACUGCAUGUAGGAAACACUGGUAGACAGGGUACGAAUCCUUCCAUCCAACCACAAUGCACGAUCUCUUCACGACCGUCCUCUCCAAGAGGGAUCUGUCCCGCGCCGGGGAACUGUUUUCCAUCGCGGACUAUGAGAUUGUUAACGAUUUAACCGAGGUGUUGGAGGAAAUUUCCUCCAUCAUUUCCCACGAAGACUACCUGCAGAACAGCAACGAUCAGUCGGUGAUCGAGAUCUGCAUCAAUCGUGUCACGUCCUGCAUCAAGAAGACGAACACGAUCGAGAAGCACUGCGCGGGUUUGGUGAACCUGCUCGAAACCUGCCUAAGGUAUAACCUGCAGCCGUCCGGGAAGGAUGUGGAUCCGCCGCAUGCCAAAAUUUCCUCUGACAUCAUCUCCAGCAUUUUCCUGAAUUACAACAAAAAAGUCGUGAUGGAAGUGACGCUACCGGUCGCGGUUAAGUUUUUGAACCAGGGCAACCUGGAGCUGUCCCGAAAUCUGGCCAGCUACCUUUCGUCGGCUGCAAUCGAGUACUCGUAUCUGCUGUCGCCGCACGUGCACGUCAUUCUCGAGUCGCUGCUGGGCGGAAACUACGGGCUGUGUCACGUGCUGUCGCAAAUCUACGAAGCCACCCCCGAUCCAAUCAAUGCGGCCGGUCCCAAGUUUGUCGAGAUUGUACCCCGCUGUGAGCUGCAGGAGCAGCUCGUCAUCCUGCAGCUGCUGGUGACGAUCGCGAAGCUACGCCCUUCAUGUCUAACCGAAAGCAUUCCUUCGCUGCUCGAGUUGGCAACCACAAGGCCACCGCUAUCGGCCGCCGCACUGCUUGUUUUGCUGAAGCUUGCCGAAGCAAAGCCGAUCAAACUGGCCGAGUACACGGAAGCGUUCAAGUUGAUCGCCCACGGCGUCCCCCAGACGGUGGGCUUCGCGGCACAAAUUCUCUCCGCCAUCGGUCGCUCCGGUAAGGACCGGGCACAGGUUGCGCUCGAUUUCGUGCUGGAACAUCUACCACGGGCGGAUCGACCCCUGCAGACGAUCCUGCUAAACGAAGCGACCAAACUGUGCACCAAGUACCCGGUCCUGUUCACCGACAAGGUGACCUCCGUUGUACGGCAGCGUCAGCUCAGCAACAACAACAGCCAGAUCAAGCAGACCACUUCGGGCGGGGUCACUAUCGUGAACCUGAACUCUUCCGCCACCCUGCCGACACCGACAAACACCAGUGUAACGCACCCGGUCGCUUCGGGGAAUGGGCUCCAUGGUUCCACGGGAAAUGGCUCCACCGCCAAUGGCAGUGCGGCCACUUCGGGUGGCAUUCUGGGAGGCGCUGGCAUUGGCGGUGUGCCGUCUGGCUUUGGUCAACACCAAGGACUGCUGCUAGACCAUGGACGACCGAUUAUUUCCAAAACACCCAACGUGGCCGUAAUCAGCAAUGGCGGAACGCACAAUGCUAGCGCAACUCCUAUGAUAUCGACGACGGUCAUCAACACUUCCAACGGGACCAGCUCCACCAUUCACCCGGCGCUGCUUACCAACUUCAUCAAUUCGGCCAAUGGGAUCUCGAAUUCGGGCGCGGUGAACGGUUCUGGAGGGGCAGCAGGUGGUACAGUUGUCUCACCGACGCCACAUCACACAGGGUACACUCGAAACCGUCCAAAAUUGGGUGAUUCACGCAGUACUGGUCGAUUGCACUCCGGCGGUGCCAACAAGAGCACGACCCGUCUUAACAACGCGGGCGGUUCGAUGGGAGGCUUGCACAAAUCUCGCCUCGGCUCGUCGCAACUCAUUAACCAGUUCAACGGCGAAAUGAGUGCCGGAGCGUCGAUUGACCCGGAAAAAACUGCGACACCUGCAAUCGGACCGAACGCAAUUCCUGUCGCUAGCGGAACAACCAAUGGCCAUGGCCCUCCAGCGACAGCCACAAACACGACCGAUGGGCCGCAUGGAAUCAUGAUGCACAACAGUCAUCACUCGAGCGGAAACAUGGCCAUCAAGGGAAUGGCAAGCAGCAGUGGGAGUGGUGUUGGAGGGUUGCUACUCGGUACUUCCGUGCCACCGCCCCUUAGCCAACAUGUGACCAUAACGGGUGAAAACAAGUGGGGUAUUCCGCAAACCAAGAUCACGUCCUGUGGAGUCACGGUGACGACGUCUCCGACACGUGCACCCCGGCCAUACUCGCACGGUCCCAACACCAACACACCGAUGGGAUCGGCCGGUGCGCUCGGGGGAAAGAGUUCACUCGGUGGACUCAACCAGUCGACGGGUUCGAUCGGCAUACAGGUACACCAUGCGUCACCGGCCUCGCCAACGAUGUUCAACAACCACUCGCAGCAAACGUCUCCACAGCUUACAACCACACUAUCGUUGCAUUCGAGUGAAGAUCCUGGCAAUCAGGUAAUCGUUUCCGGUCCAGCGACGGUCACAACGCGUCCCCGAAGCGAUAAUCGCAGCGUCACGAUCCUGAACGCAUCCUCCGGCACGGCAACCUCCGUCAACCAGCGCAUGAGCGUGUUCGAACCAUACCCGAUGCGCGACACUAUACAGCAUUUCUGCGAGAAGCACCUGGACAAGAUCAAAGCGUACACGGAGGCGGUGGCACAACAGAUCCCUCCCCCGGCCAAGUGCAUCAUUGAGGAGCGGCGGGCGAAGAAGAUGGCGAAGCUACACUUUGCCUGCCAGGUGCGCGGUCCGCACUGUCUCUACUCGCGCACCAUGUUCACGAUGCGGACGCGCAACCCGCGCACUUGGAUCCACUUGAUGUUCCUGGAUCUACAAGCGCGGGCCGGCAAGAACGCCCUGAGCAGCUGGGAUCCGAGCGUGAGCCGCCUGAAGCACUGCUGGGACACGCUCAAGUGCGAGAACCGGACGUUCAUCACGCUAGUCACCAGCGCAUUUCCGAACGGCAAGGAACAGGACGCACUGGUCAACGAGCUGCGCCAUGCCGGGUUCUUCGAUGUGUUCGAAAUGGGUCCCGUGGCGGUUGAUCCCAGUGGCACCAUGGAAGCGUCGUCGUCGGGUGAACCACAGGGCAAAGCGGCAUCCGGCAGUGCCGGCGUUGGAGCAACUUCAGCCGGAGGUGGCGCUGGUGCGGCCUCAACCGGCGACAGCACCGAGGAUCUGGAAAUGCUCCAGUGGGGUUGCUUCCUGUGCCACCAUCCGGAGAAGGCGAUGGGUUUCCUGCACGGCAACAAUCAGCCAGUCAUCGAGGGUCAGCUGAAGGAGAAGAAGGGGAAAUGGCGCCUCUUCCGUCGUUGGCGAACGCGUUACUUUACCCUCUCCGGGGCACAUCUUUCGUGCAAGGGUUCUGUGAGUGAGGCCGGUGGGGAAAGUAUCGACGUAAACCAGAUCCGCUCGGUGAAGGUGUCCCGGGGUGCCCGCAACAUACCGAAGGCGUUCGAAAUCUUCACCGGCGACCAAACGCUCAUCCUGAAACCCAAGGACGGUAACAAGGCGGAAGAGUGGGUGCAAUGUUUGAGCAUCGUUCUCGCGCAUUCGCAGGCCCGUGAUAGUCCAACAACGCGCACGAACAGCCUGCCGGCAAGAAGCAUUGGCAACAGCAGAACGGUUUUCUAGUACGUUACGCACAAGAAACAGAAGAAUUCGAGAUACUUAAUCAGAGUUAAUAUAUUGCUACUUGCAGUAUCACGUAUCAAAAAGACAUUUCGCAGCCAACAAAAGUACUUAAAUACGAGCUUUGUGGGGAACAAACGGCAAAGGGUAGUGCAGCAUGCAUUGCAAUUUCUUAUCAAUUUACUCCGGCGUUAAGCGGUUAGCGAUAGGAAAUAGAGUUGUUUUAAGCGCAUUUAUACUUUUGUAAGACACCUAGAUCGUUUUCUACAUCUUAUUACCGUAACUUAAAACGAAGAGAUUUCAUCCCGCAUAAGAAGCGUAGGUAGCAUCAACGAAUGAAAGAUGUGCGGGAAUCAAUCAAACCUAUGGCUGUCAUCUUUACGAUACAUUUCUAAGUAAAUUUUUUAAAUAAUAUUUGAGACGUUUAGUGAGAGCGAUGGCGUGUGAAAGAAGAAAACAUAGGCAGAGGCAGCGGAUCCGAAGCGGAACAUGUUUUUUCCCGCCGUGUGAGACAUUCAUCCGACACACGAUUUAUUGCGAACAAUCAACCUCUAGCGAACGAAGGUUUUCUCGUUUUGUGUUCAGCUGCAAGAGGAGCUCUGUGCUUCGUACUUACAUUCUACAGACGUAUAACGUUGACUUUUUUACAGAAUUUAGACCAUAAGCUAGAUAGAGGUUACAUCCAGCCGGACGCGCGCAGCUGAAAGUAACGAGUUUAGUAGAUAAUUUAUUCACGUUCGUUCGUUAUACAUCGUCCUAAAUCAAAAGCAAAUAAAACCGGACUGCUACAUCUAA